AUGCAAAAAGGAAGGCAUUACUCAUGCAUACACCUUAGGUCACCUUCAGAUACUAACUCUUUAAAGACGAAGCUGUCAGAAAGUUUGAUGGAUAAAGAUAGAAGUAGCGACACUUGAAAAUUAAACAAUUCAGAGGUAGAGAAAGAAUUUUUAGUUAAUAUUCAUAAUGACAUGGCUAAAGCAAGAAACGUGAUAUAAAUAUUUACAAUAAAUAAAAUUUUAUUUAAUAUUUAAAAAAGGAUAAUAGCUGAGUAGGAAUGCUUAUAUUCUUUAAAAUAGGUAUAUCUCGAUUAAGAUCUGAUAAAAAAAAGCUUAAAAAUGCUUUAAAAACACUUGCUUCUUCUUACUCCCAUCCUUGAACGAAUAAAGCCAUUGGAAAAAUCCCUAUUGUCUGAGUAAAAUCUUUUUAUGAAAAUAUAUUUUGAUAUUAGUGAUAAUUAAUUCUGUUUAAUUUUAAAUGAAAAUUAUAGAAAUUGCCCGAGGAUGGCGCUAUUUUGCGCCAUCCUCGGGCAAUUUCUAUAAAUUAAUUUUUGUUUUUUGGGAUAUUUUUAAAAAAAACUCUCCAUGAGCAAACAAAAUUUUUUUUAGGGUGAGCUAUGAAAAUCUUGAGAGAAAAAAUAGUGAGCUGGUGAAGUCUUUGGAGCAAGUUUCAAAAGAUAAAGAUAAACUUGAGGUGAAAAUGGAAAAAAUAAAUGCAAUUUUCGAUGAUUUUGAAAAUUUGAAAAGGGUUAUAGGACAUAAAGAUGAAGAAAUUGGAAGAUUAAAAGAGCAAAUUCAAAAUUUAGAAAAAAGCUUCUACAGUAAAGAAAAAGGAGAAAAGGAGAAAAUAUGAAAAAAAUUAAUGAAAACAAACAGCGCGCUAAAAGAUGAUCUUCAAAACAGCAGAAGCAACUGCAAUAGCUGUACAUUAUCAGAUGAAAACCCCUUAAUAUAUACCGAAAUUAUAGAAAAAAGCAGCAAAAUGAUUUACGAAAUCCAAAAAAACCAUGAUAUAAGUCUAUUAUUCGCUAACUCCCCCCCCCAUCCUUGAUCGAACGACUCGCCAUCGUUCGAUCAAGGAUGAGGGUUAAAAAAAAUUUUUUUGGGAAAAAAAUUUUUAUAUAUAAAAUGAAAAAGAUAAAUAUAGAUUUUUUUAUUUACUUUUAAAUAAGAGGGUUAAGAGUAUUUAAUAAUUAUUUUUACAGCAAAAAAUUGAAUUAAUUUCAUAAAAUACCAAUUUUUAAUAUUUUGAUUUUUUUAGUUACCCUUUAAACUGUAUAAAUUUUAAUUUAAAUUAAUUGUUUUUUUAAAUUUUAAAGAAUCUCUAUUUUAUUAGAUUAUUGAGUUUUUAAGUCUAGGUUGAUGGCUAAAUCACUUCGGAUGGUUGAUUUCGCAGAUUUCUGUCGUCUCAAAGUCUCUGAAAACAACUUCAUUAGGCACAUCUUCCAAAGCUUUUGAUAACUAAUAUUUUUUAUAUAUAUAAAAAUUUGCAUGAUAUGAAAAUCGUUCGAUCAAGGAUGGGGGUUAAUUUCCCCAAUUUUUAGGAAUUUUUACAGUCAAUCGUUCGAUCAAGGAUGGGGGGGGGAGUAAGUCAAACAUAUAUCCCAACCAUUUCAAUGAACUUCUCCGUUCAGAGCAAUGAAACCAAGCAAUUCUUAUUCUUUUAUCAUUCACAACAGAGCUUGUGCAGAAUCACUCAUAUAAAUCUAAUCCAUUAUUCCGAAGUAAGCCAAAACACAAUACACAAAUAAAGCUUGAAAUUCCUUCAACCUGCAGAUCAGGCAACUUAUCCGCAUUACUUUCUCCGUCCUAUAAUAUUGAAGAUGUAGAAACUGGGUCAAGCGAGGUCGAGUCUUAUAAUAAUAGACUUGCCAAAUUAAAUCAGGAAAUAAACAGCACAAUGCUGAGCAGUAAAAAAUUACUCCAGAUACCGCCAAGAAAGCAUGCUAAAUCUUUAUCAAUGAGCUUGAAAUCGCAUAUAAAAGAAGAAGAUUUGUUAAGCAACAAGCUAGAAUUUGCAGAAAAACAAAUUCUGACUGAUUCUUCGUUAGAGAAUCUCAGAAUCGAAGAAAGCGCGCUGAUAGAUUUUGAUAAAUAUUUGCAAAAAACUACAGUAAAACCAGUUGUAAAAGUGCCUGCAAGGCCUGUAAAAGAGAAAAGACCGUCAAGGAUACCAAUAUUAAGAUUAUAA